AUGCUUUACACUGUCUUCUUCGCUCUGCUUGGAGCAGCUUGUGCACUGGUCAAGCCUCCUCUCUACUCCUUCUCCCCCACCGUGGGGUCAGGAAGUGGCACCUCGUACAGUCUGUCAGGAGAGGGCAGAAUUACUGCCUUGAGGGUGUGGGAGAGGUAUAACAGCUACAUCAGUGGCUUCCAGUUCCGCUAUGGCUACAUCUGGUCUGAAGUCGUUGGCUUCAGUAAUGGAGAUCUCCAGGAGAUGGAGCUGUUUGACGGCGAGGCCAUCAUUCAGAUCUCUGGAAAGUUUGGCCACUACAUCCAGUCAGUGGUGUUCACCACCUCCAGAGGCCGGACGCUGCGAGCCGGUCAGCCCUCGGGGAGAUCUUUUAACUUUUAUCCAGAGCACAGCAUGGCUGAGCUGAUCAUCAUCAGCGGGAGCUACCAUGGAGCCAUCACCUCUCUCGGGGCACACUGGGCCGUCAUUGCUGAUCCAUACAAAAACAGAAACAGCAACAGUACCGCUCUGAUGUGA